GUUCAACCUGCUCGUCAGGUUUGUGUCAGGAUUCUAAAUUUCAUUGUUCUGAUUGAGAGAAAAAACCAACAACAACAUCGGCAGCAGCGAUGGAAUAUGAAGACCAGGUUGCUGAAAUUAAAGCCUCUGCCCACUUCGGAGACCUGAUUGAAUUUGUGUAUCCGAUUGGCUACUCACACUGGGGCGUGUACGAUGGAGAUGGAUACAUCAUUCACUUUGCAGUUGCAGAUGAAUCAGAAUUGAUGCAGACGUUCCGUACCUGCCUGCAGACCAUAUUCCCUGUAUGCGGUGAUCUCCUGCUUGGAGAGACGCAGAUCCGACGCCAACGUCUUGCAGAAGUUAAUGUCCCUCAAGGAGCGCGUGUGCUGGUGAACAACACCCAGCACACAUUCCAGCCCUCGGAACCAGAGGAUAUGCAGCGAAGGCGUUACGCCCUGCUGAACAUACAACUUCCUUACAAACUGUUCACUCAGAACUGCGAACACUUUGCCACAUUUGUCCGCUAUGGAAAAGCAGUGUGUAAUCAGAUUCCAGGAAGAAGCAAAAACAAGGAAUGUGAGCAAGCAACCAAAGUGUUUGAAGACAUUGUGUGGAAAAUGACUUCAUGACUUGUGACCGAUGCGGGAAAAUACUAACCAGAACAAUACACACGCCAUUAACACAUACGUCUUCAGACUUCAAACUUUUAUAAUUAUUAUUUUUAUAUAUUUUCAAAGUUUGACUGAUCUGCAAAUAUCAUCUGCUAAUCAAGGCGGAUCGGUCAUAUUCCAUGUUAACUAGGGACACAUUACAAAACACAAGAAAUAUUAUAAAAACAUGGAUUUGUAGUGUUUUUCCUGCUGGCACACCAACUGCACCUCCUCAGCUCAUUACUACACCCAAGUGAGGAGUGUCAGAGCAGGUAAAGCAUUAACCCUGGCAGACUCUAGCUGGAAGGGAAGAGUGGUGAAAUGACAUAUUUCUAUGCCUAAAUAUUUAUUAUUUGGGUUUCUCUCAUAUUGCAACUUAUUUAUUUGUGUGUGGGUAUUUCACAGUGAUUCUAAUAAAAGUUAUAUUAAUUCA